AGUGCUCUGUAAGGAGUGGCACUUUUUAAAAGUGCAGCCCGAGGCCAGCACGCUACCACCGGCACCUCUCUGUCCAGCGCUGGGUCCCCGCCACUUCUAGCCGCGCGCGUCCGCAGGCCCACACCACAUCGUCCGGGGAAAGUCAGCCCAGCUCGCCACCAUGCCGGUCAAAGGAGGCACCAAGUGCAUCAAGUAUCUGCUCUUCGGAUUCAACUUCAUCUUCUGGCUUGCCGGGAUUGCCGUUCUCGCCAUCGGCCUGUGGCUCCGAUUUGAUUCCCAGACCAAGAGUAUCUUUGAGCAAGAAACGAAUAAUAAUCACUCCAGCUUCUACACAGGAGUCUACAUUCUGAUUGGAGCCGGAGCCCUCAUGAUGCUGGUGGGUUUCCUGGGAUGCUGUGGUGCCGUGCAGGAGUCCCAGUGCAUGCUGGGAUUGUUCUUCGGCUUCCUCUUGGUGAUCUUUGCCAUUGAAAUUGCUGCAGCCAUCUGGGGAUAUUCCCACAAAGAUGAGGUGAUCAAAGAACUCCAGGAGUUUUACAAGGACACCUACAAUAAGCUCAAAAACAAGGACGAGCCACAGCGGGAGACGCUCAAGGCCAUCCACUAUGCGCUGGACUGCUGCGGUGUGGUUGGUGGAGUGGAGCAAUUCAUCUUGGACAUCUGCCCCAAAAAGGACAUCCUGGAGACCAUCCAAGUCAAGUCCUGUCCUGACGCCAUCAAAGAGGUCUUCAACAGCAAAUUCCACAUCAUCGGUGCUGUGGGCAUCGGUAUCGCCGUGGUGAUGAUAUUCGGCAUGAUCUUCAGCAUGAUCCUGUGCUGUGCCAUCCGCCGGAGCCGCGAGAUGGUCUAAGAGCCAGCAACUACCCGAGCAGGAGAGUUCACCCCUCAAUAUGGUUGGGGUUUUUAUUUUUAUUUUAUUUUUUGUUUUUUGUUGUUCUGUUUAGUUUUGGUUUGGAUUGGUUUUCGCCACUAACUUUAGUAUUCAUUCCGCAUUUCUAAACAAAAUGAGUUACUCCUUGUUUGUCUUCUUCAUGCUUUAUUCAGUAUGGACAGUCCAAGGAUGUGGGGAUCUGGUUCACUUUGGUUUGUAGUUUUUGGGAGGGUUGUUUGUUUUGGCUUGUUGUGUUAAGCAGAAAUCCUGCAAUGAAAGGUACUGUAUUUGCUAGGCUCUAGACAAAAGAUACUGUACAUAAAAAGAAUUUUUUGUCUUUAAAUAGAUUUAAAAAAAUGUCUAUCACAUUUAAUCAAGUUGUAACUUAUAUUAAAGACAAUUUGAUACAUAAUAAAAGAUUAUGACAAUA